AUGUCUCAUGGAAAGACUAAUCCCCCUACAUUGGCCGAAGAAUGGCCAAUCCGAGUGCCCAAUGACAGGCAACUGGAGCAACUUACUCAGUUACGUCUCGCAAGGGUCAGGCAGGCCCGGGUUCGUAGAAGAAUCCUACACGAGACAGGACACAUCGUGAAUUUGGUCCUACCUCUCCUCCGUCCGCACAGCUACCCCCAUCAUCCGACUGCGCUCCAGUGGCUGCAAACCUAUGAAAUUAGAAUACUCGUCCUGAUGAACGAGAUGAAGAUCCUGCGGGCGGAGGAAAGUCUUAACCGUGCGCGGGAGGCGGUGGUAUUCCUGCGGGUGACCGGGUGA